ACAAUAUCCCUAAUCAUGCGGACGCUUGUGUCGAUCUUGGAUUGAAAAUGAUUGAGAUUAUUAAACGCGUCAGGAAGAGUCGUAAAUUGGAUAUAAACAUGAGGAUCGGUAUACACUCCGGGAGCAUCUUGAGCGGAAUCAUAGGCAUCGCCAAAUGGCAGUCCAAAGCAAAAGACGUUCACAUUGCUAACAAGUUCGAGAGCACAGCAAGCCCAGGGUAAUUAAUGUUCAGCCCUCAAAUUAAAUUCAUUCUCAUAGCAAAAUUUAGAACGUUGAAUUUAUAUUCCGCUGAAAAGUACAUAUCACAAAACAAACCAAAGAUCAACUGACCAAAGAUUACACUAUCGUUCCAAAUAGCAGAUGCAAGACUGAUCCUUUUCUUAAGCAAUACAACAUCGAGACGUUCCUGAUAACGCCAGAGGUAAGUUUAAGCUUAACGCUCAGACCCAAAAAAUGAGAAUUUCAAGAAUUCUUAAAUCUAUCGGUAUUUCAAA